AUGGUUUAUCCAACUCUUUUCCAGCCCAUCAAAGUCGGCAACAACGUACUCCAACAUCGUGUUGUUCUGGCGCCGUUGACGCGCUUGAAAUCAACCGAGAAGGCACACGUUCCGACGGUUGGCCUGAUGAAGACAUAUUAUUCACAACGUUCUAGUCACCCAGGCUCCCUACUAAUUUCAGAAGCGACACUGAUUGCACCUCAAACGGGAGGAUAUGAUCAUGUCCCAGGUAUCUGGAAUCAAGAGCAAAUCAAGGCAUGGAAACAAAUUACCGAAGCGGUUCAUGCCAAUGGGUCAUAUAUUUUUCUCCAGCUUUGGGCCUUGGGACGUGGAGGAGAGUUCCGUAUCCGGGAGGCAGAUGGCUAUGAGACCGUUGGUCCAUCAGCUAUUCAAAAGCAACCUCUUUCUGUCGCCGAAAUCCACGAAUAUAUAGAGUGGUACGCCCAAGCGGCAAAGAACGCGAGGGAAGCCGGUUUUGACGGAGUGGAAUUUCAUAAUGCAAACGGGUAUCUUCCUGAUCAAUUCUUGCAGGACUUGAGUAAUCAACGGACGGAUGAGUAUGGGGGUAGCAUCGAAGGAAGGAGUAGAUUUGGUCUUGAAGCCAUCGACGCCAUCGUCAAGGCCGUGGGUGCAGAAAAAGUUGGAAUCAGAUUGAGCCCUUGGAAGACAUUCCAGAGCAUGGGAAUGACUGACCCUAUCCCACAAUUUUCUCACUUUGUCAAGUCACUCGCAGAUUCCCACCCUGGCCUCGCAUACCUUCACGUCAUCGAGCCCGACACAGUCACCAGAUCAAACGACUUUCUUCGUGAAAUAUGGUCUCCACGGCCAUUUAUAAGCACUGGCCGACACAACAGAGAGUCAGCAAUUGAAAGGUCGGAAAAAAGCGACGAUCUCAUCGGUUUUGGACGUUGGUACAUAUCGAACCCCGAUCUGCCAACGAGGCUGAUGAAUGACACGCCUUUAGCGCCUUAUCGCAAUGAGACGUUCUAUGUGCCUGUUAAAUACGACAGUACAGGAAAAGGUUACAUCGACUUUCCGUUCGCACAUGACUAUGGACAGCAUACGGUCACAGAAGUGAGGCAGCAGUAG